GUGUCAAUGAUCUGUGAAGCAGGAAGAGAGAAGAAAGGUUAAUGUUGCAAUCUAGUGCAGCCGGCAAAGCAAAAGAUAAAAUCAGCCCUUUGCUAAUAGUUCUCUGAUGAUAUAUCAAUUUGCACAUUUGUACAGACUAUGCAAUAUGACUUUACAAGCUGAUACCUUUCUAAAUUCAAUCAGUGCUUUUUGUGUUUUCAUGAAUUAGUUAAAACGGUAAAUGGACUGAACUUAUGCAGCACUUUUUCAGUCAAACUGGACACUCAAAGCACUUUACACUAGAGCUGCAUUCACCCAUUCACACUCACAAAUGCGUACAUGUUUAUGUACUGGCACAUAGAUUGGUAUGGAAGUUGGAUUCAAGUGCCUUGGAUUUAAGUGCCACAUCGUGUGACAGGAGGAAGCUGGAAUAAAACCUAGAAACUCUCCAACUGGAAGACAACGACCCACUGAGCCACAGCUGCCCCUUCAAAUGGACAACACAGACCAUUAUCGCUUCAAUAUGCAGUGAGGCACUAAAACAUCUGCCUUACUGAUCUGAAAAGCAUCCGCCCAAAUAUGUUUCCUCAAAGAAACUAUCUAUUGAAUGUUGCUCUAGGAGUGUCUCCUCAGAUCAGAGCACAGAUCAAGAGGACAACUGAUGCCUGUAGCAAAGAAAAGUGCAGUUUGACUGUAUUUCCUUGGUGCGUUUGCCUCAGUCUGAUUAAAGUGUGAUGCAUUGUUAAGCUGGUGCAGAUAAAAAGCAAUGACAUACAUUGGUCAAGAAAUGUAUUACAUUAUUAUUGAAAACAACAUUUAUUUCAGAAACUUAAUUUACGAACUGAAAACAUUAGAUAGAUGAAUUACACAGAAGCCUUUAUUUCUGCCAACUAUACUAUGACGAUUUAUCUGCUACAGCUCAUGAAAAUACAUUGCACUUUCAAUAUUCCAUCAGAUCAAUAAAAAAAAAACUUCAAACACAUAUAUGUGGCUGAAUUAAAAAUAUGUUUAAUGCGUGCGUAAAGAUUGUUGUUCUCUAAAGGUUUCUUUAGUCUGAAACAACAAGCCUUAUUCGAAGGCAUAAGUCUGAUUUAUUAGAUGUGUUCACAUGUCCCCUAGAGGGGCUGCAGUAAUCCCUGAGGGUAUUUUUUUGACUUUGGAGGAUUCAGGUCGAGCAACAUUUUAUGUCAUCACACUGUUAAAAAAAAAAGAUCAACAAAAAAAUGAAAGGUAGAAAGUUGUACUGCAAGCUUGUCCUGAUAAUAAAAUUUGAUGAUUGAAGGGCCCUCGAGGCGAGUGCGUUUGUCAAACUCUGCUUUAAUUUAAAUGUAAAUUAAACCUGAAUGGUGUAAAUUUUGCAUAAAAAGGCUGGUUUGGAUGGACUAACAGCCUUUUAUUUCGGUAUUAUCUUAAUUUAAUCAAAAAUGCUCCGCUCAUUCUAUUAAGGCACCAGAAACUGUUGACUGAUGUCCUCUGCUGAGUGGAAGGAGCGAAACAUUUCUGGAAUGAAAAGAAACAUUUUUGGAGCUUCUCUUUUUGGCCUCACCCUGUUCAUCAGUUUGACAGCUGUCUGAAGUUGUGAAAUGAUUGAUUACAGAAAAAAAAACAGCAAAGCAUCCUUGACGUGUUCUGCUCAGGGGUAGAGCCAAACUGGGGAGAAAAGUUGGCCCAGGAGUUCCUUGCAGACUGCUCAGUUUGAAUUUUUAAUGUAAAUAUGUAUUUCUAUGUGUAUAAUAAAUUCAUGCUGGGCAGUUGAACGUGGGACAGUCUGUCAGGAGCUGCUGGGCCAAUUUUGUCUCUCCGGUUCACCCUUGGUUGUGCCAUAACACAAAUAUGAUUGGUUCUUACAAAGGACUUAGUCUAUAACGAUAAAUAUCUAUAGCAAUCAUGCAUUAUUAGGAUAACCUCAAACAAAGUGCAUUGUGAGCUGAGUUAAAGAAAAUGCAUAUUUGACUCUUUACAACAAACGUCUUGAAUAACAAAACAGCCCUGGUUCAGAGUGGGCGUAACCACGCCCCUCCAGGUUUCAUCUCCAUCGCCCACCUGAGCGUUGAAGUCCCCCAACGGGACAAGGACGUUCCCAGGUGGAGCCCCCUCCAGCAGCAACUCUACUGACUCCAAAAAGGGUGGAUACUCUGACCAACCAUUGGGCUCGUAAACACAGACGAAAGUCAGAACCUGAUGUAAGCGGAGAGAGACUAUCCUCUUGUUCACUGAGGUGAACCCCAACAUUCAGGGGUUCACCUCUGCUGUUGUUGAGGUUUCUACCUCAACAUCUGCUUGGACAGCCUCUGCACACCUACUUAGUGGCUCAGUGACUCAAGGAAGUAGGAAUUUGUCCUGUAAAUGAUGGUUCAAACCCCCUCUAUGUCCAUCUCAGUUAUUGUGUCCAUGGGAAAAGCACUUCACCCAGCUUGCCUGGUGCUGGUGGUCAGAGGAGCGACUGGCAUCUGUUUUAUGUCAAUAAGUCAUCAAAUUGCAUGCAUUUUCAGCAUUAUGCUAAGUGGCUCCUGCAGUGUUGCAUAAAUUUAUCCAAUCUUUAUCUAUUUUCAGAUAUGCACAGAAGAAAAUGAUAAAGGGUUUCAUCUAAUGACAGUCCUUUGGUGAUAAAGACAACAAUGUGGAUUCACAAGUUUGACUCGAAAAGAUAGGAAUCAGCCCCUAAGCACUUGUCUCCACACCCAAGGUGAUGAAAACUGUGUACGGUAUUAUCUGUCAGCAGCAUUCCUCCUUCCGCCUGAAUGUCCAGGCCCUUCCCACCUUGCUAUAUAACCAGGGAGUCCUGGUGAUGUUUUGUACUGCAGAUCAUCUCCAGUUGUUCUUGCUGAUUGGGAUCCAAACUCUCCAAGAUGUCUUUCUCCUCCAGAUCCUCCGGCCAGAAAUUUAUCGGUCAGAAGACCAUGAGUGUCUACGGCGGAGCAGGAGGUUCUGGCACCCGCAUCUCCAUAGGCCAGAUUGACUACUUGUCCCGUUCAGGAGCCAUCAAUAAUCUCGAUCUCCACGUUGAUGCCAACGAGAAGGCCACGCUUCAGAACCUGAACGACCGUCUGGCCUCCUACCUGCAGAAGGUGCGCAAACUGGAGAAGGAGAACGAACAGCUGGAAAAGCAGAUUGCAGAGUGGUACACAAGCAAAACUGUGAUCAGCCACGAUUACAGUGCCUACAUGGCCACCAUCGAAGAUCUGCAGAACAAGAUCCGAGAAGCCACCAUGGUCAACGCAAGGAUCCAUUUGGAGAUUGACAAUUCAAAACUGGCUGCAGAAGACUUUACAAUGAAAUAUGAGACCGAGCUAAACAUGAAGCAGGCUGUAGAGGCCGACAUCGCUGGACUGAAGAGACUUUUGGAUGAUCUCACUCUGGUGAAAAUGGAUCUGGAGAGUCAGCAGGAGACUCUGAGGGAGGAACUCAUCAUGCUGAAGAAGAACCAUGAGGAGGACUUGGCUCAGCUGAGGAACCAGAUGAGCGGCCAGGUCAACGUGGAGGUCGACGCUGUUUCUCAAGUUGACCUGAACCGGAUCAUGACGGAGAUCAGGGAGCACUACGAGGCUCUUAUUGCCAAGAACCGCAAGGAUCUUGAGCAGUGGUACCAGAACAAGGUCAUAGUGGUGGAGAAGGGUGUAGCAGAACAAACAAGCAAUCUUCAGACAUCCCACACUGAGAUUAAAGAACUGAAGAACACCUUGCAGAAAUAUCAGAUUGAACUGCAGUCACAUCAGAGUAUGAAAUCGUCUCUAGAAGCAACUCUGCUAGAGACUCAGCAACGUUUUGCUGCCCAGCUAACAGGUCUGCAGGAUGUCGUCACGGGCCUGGAAGCUCAGUUGUCAAGUCUGAGCGAAAACAUCAGAGAAAUGGAUCUGAAGUACGGCACUCUUCUGGACAUCAAGACCCGUCUGGAGGUGGAGAUUGCAGAGUACAGGAGGCUGCUUGAUGGGGAGGACUUCAGCUCCUUUUCAAGCUCAAAACAAGUGAUUACAAAGACCAUCGUUAUGGAGGAGACAUUUGUGAAUGGAGUCAAGGUUGAGUCCAAGUAAAAAAUAAAAAUAAAUGAAAAGAAUUGAAUUAAAAGAAACAAGUCAGCAAAAUUCAAUAAAGAUUCUGCAGUGAAGCUAAAGUUUCUGCCAUUUGUUAUCUAUCUAUGCAUCUAUCCAUCCUCUGGACCCCCCCUGUACUCUGUAUUCCCUGCAGACUUUUUGUGAUGGUGUGUGGUGCCUACAGUUAUGAGAAUCGGAGAAAUGCACCAAAGCAAUUGAGAAAAACCCUGUAACUUCCCUCAGUGUUUUGAUCCAAUUGUGCCCAACUCUGUAAAACAUUUAAACUUAAAAAUGGAAACUCUUCUGCAGCCUUGACAGUAAAGUGCCUCCACUGUAUGUGAUGACAGCUCAGUAAGUGGUGUGUGUGCUGAGUGUGGCAGCCGUCCUCCGGUCAGAAGGGGGGCGCUGCAUGCUGAAAAGAGAACUGGGAUGCUGAGGGAGCGAGGAAGAGACUGCAUGUGUAGAGUGUGAGCGUAGCUGACGACCGGAGCAGCGACUAAGGAAAAAGUCUGUGCAGUUUUCUACUGUUAGCUGGCGCUAUUAAAAGUUAACUUCCAGCCACCGUGUGGUUCAUGUCCCAGGCGUAUGAAGGAGUUAACCCCGAAGUAGAUGUCACUUCGGCCCUGGAGAAAGAACUCCCCUGAGUCUCCCGACCACAGUCAGAAGACUGAGUAGGAACGGUUAACACAGUAGUCAACCAG